CUGCCACUGGAGGGUGGGAAUUGCCGACGGUGGCGGGACCUCUGCGCAAAGGGCGAAAGGGAGAGAUAAAAUAGGGCAAACGCCAGAUCAGGGAGGCGGAGUACCACAGUCGACCUCUCACCGCCGUUACCCUCCGCUCUAAAGCCGCCUUACCGCACACCCUAACAAACACCGAUCGCCGUUGACGACGUUGAAUUGCGGACUGGGGAGGGACCUUCACCGACAAAUUUAGGGUUCGGAACGCUCCCCCUGGAUCCACAGCCCGUCGGGUUCCGUUCCCUUGCAUCGCCGGUAUGGCCGGCUCCGGCGGUUCCUCGUCGACUCGCGUCAGCGGCGUUGACCGCUUCUACAACCCUCCGGCAGUCAGGAGGCAGCUCGAGCUGCAGAAGCAGCAGCGGCAGCAGCAGGAGGAGGCGACGCUGAGGACCCGGCCGUCCCCGGUGGCGACGACGGAGGCCGUGGCCGAGGUCAUGGUGGCCAAGGAAAGAUUUGAGCGGGAUGAUGCUUCCUCGAAACGGUCUCUCUCUUCGUCAACUUCUCCCUCACUUUCUCCUUCUCCUACUCCGCCACCGCUACCGGCGUCUUCAGUUGGAAACCUUUACCGGUUGCUCGAGUCCACCACACCCGUCGUACCCGCCCGGUACUUCUCCAAGGCUAGUUUGAGGCGAUGGAGGAAUGGCGACGAGGUGAAAUCUCAGCCCUACUUUUGCGUCGGAGAUCUUUGGGAGUCUUUCAAGGAGUGGAGUGCUUACGGGGCGGGGGUGCCAUUGGUGCUGGACGGGAGUGAUACUGUUGUUCAAUACUAUGUGCCGUUCCUCUCCGCCAUUCAGCUGUAUGUGGAUACCUCUGCGGCCACAUCAAGUUCGGGGCGAUCUGCUGAAGAAAGCGAUGGGAAUUGUUACCUGGAUACCAGCAGUGAGGGCAGCAGUGGGAGUGAAGAGAACCAAUCAAGAGAAAGAAGCUCAUCCGUGGGCACUGCCAAUCACAUUGGCCAAGGAGGCUUUGUAAAUGAUAAUACUGAGGUUUGCCCCAAGCCAACUCUUCCGAUAUUUGAGUACUUUGAGAAGGAUACACCGUAUGGAAGAGAACCAUUGGCUGACAAGAUAUCGGUUCUUGCAAAUAAAUUUCCUGACCUGAAAACAUACAAGAGCUGUGAUAUGCUGCCAUUAAGCUGGAUGUCUGUUGCCUGGUAUCCAAUAUAUAGGAUACCAAUGGGACCCACAUUAAAGGACUUAGAUGCUUGCUUUUUGACAUUCCACUCACUGGCUACUCCUAGCGAUAACGCCAGUCCACCUUCGGAGGUUCUUCACUCUUGUAUGAGUCGGAAUGGCAAGAACUCCAAUGACCGGCCUGUGAAUUUGUGUUUGCCAGUCUUUGGACUGGCCUCAUAUAAAUUCAGGGGGUCUAUUUGGACAUCCACUGGUCUGCAAGAGCAGCAGCUAGCAAGCUCACUAUCGCAGGCUGCGGACGACUGGCUUCGCCAUCUGCAAGUCGAUCAUCCCGACUACCGAUUCUUUCUCUCCCACUCCAACACAUUUAGGAGGUGAUCUUAUAUUAACAUCGAUGUCUCUUUCUAAUUUAAUGUGCAUCAAUCCGAGUCUCUGUUCCGAUCUGGGACUCAAAAACACCCAUAGCACAUAGAUUUUGCUCAAUGUAUCUUGUUGUUUCUUAUCCCACAAAUUAGUAUGUUUCUUUUGGAACGGCACAUGGACGCAUGUAACUAUAUCAUAGGAAAGAAAAUUAAUUAUUAGAAAACAAUUUUUGUAACUUCUACUAGACUUUGGGGUUGUGUCGGCGUGUUGGAUUUAUUAUCAUCUUUUAACA